CAGAGUACCGCAUUUGUUUUCCCCGCGCCGCCGACGCGUUCAUUGGCCCAACCGUACCAUGUGACCUCCGGGGUGCCAUAUACCUUCCAAGCGCCGGGCGGGCCGGCUGAGUUAAAGCGCAGGCAGCGCAGGUUCCCUACGUUUGUUUUUUUGUGUUCAGAUUGUAGCGCUCGCGUUUGACUAAAGAAAUCAUGCCUGGUUGCUGCGCCUUCGGAUGCAGCAACCGAACCGAGUCUGGAAAGACUUUUUUCUCGAUACCGACCGGAAAAAAUGACCGAGAGCGUCGUUCUGCGUGGCUACAUAGAAUCGGCCGGGAUAACUUCAAGCCUACAAAAAACACCCGCGUGUGCGAGGACCACUUUUGUGCUGAAGACUUUGAGAAGCCUAGAGUGGAUGGGAAGAAGAGGCUAAAGUACAAAGCUGUGCCAAGCAUUUUUGCACACCGUGUGCCAAAAAAAAUCAGAAAGCCACCAUUCGCCCGUCUUCCUAGUUCACCAGCAAACAACUUGGCUGAAGAGGCUGAACCUGAAGGGGAAAACGUGCUAAUAGCUGCUGACAGCACAGCAGAUGGUCUGGACUCUUCAAUAUAGCCACAGGAUCAUACUGAAUCUGCUGAUGUGGCAACAGAAGUGCCAAAAACCUCCAAUGUUCAAGAGGAUGCACCUCCCAAGAUGUUCAAUGAAGUUGACACACUGAAGCGCCAACUUAACUUGGAAAGAAAAAAGCGUGCGAGGGUGGAAAUGGAGUGUGACGCCCUGAGAAAAUCAUUUAAUGGACUGCUUGCAGAAGAUCAGCUCCGUGUCCUGCAAAAGGGAACAAUGAGAGGGUCAUCAUGGACUCUGAAGACAAUUCAGGAGUCUCUGAAGGUCAGACUUGCCUGUGGGGGAAGAGGAUAUGAAUACCUGAGAGGUAAUGGCUGGCCGCUCCCUGCUGAACGGACACUUCAAAAACAUAUUGAAGAUAUCAAGUUUACCCCAGGUAUGCAGUAAUGUUUGCGGCUCCAUAAUAAACCUUUUCCACAUUGCAGGUGUGACUCAGGACUA